AUGCGAACUGAACGACAGCCGCACCAACUUCCUAAACAGGCCGUAGGAAACUAUGCCUCCUCCACGAAUGUCUACGAACUAAGGAGAUUCUUACGAAACUCAUCGGCUCAACAGCAGCUGGCGAUUCGUCGAUUUAAGGAAAUGAAGAGAGAAUUCAGCAAAGACUUGAUCCCCGAAGCCGCGCUUAUCGAGGAACAACUCGAGAAUGAGGUUGAGAGCGAGAGCGAAGACUCAAGCCAGUACGAGAGCCCCGCGGUGAGCGACGAGAGGCAAGACGAGGCCGAGGACGAGGCCGAGACUGAGGACGAGACCGAGGACGAGACCGAGGACGAGACCGAGGACGAGACCGAGGACGAGACCGAGGACGAGACCGAGGAUGAGUCCGAGGAAGAGGCCGAGGAAGCCGAGGAAGAAUCCGAGGGAGAGAUCGUGGACGAGACCGAGACAGAAACCGAGGACGAGACCGAGGAAGAGAGCACGGAGGAGCCCGAGGAAGACCCCGAUUACGAGACCGAGGAGACCACGGAAGAGACCACGGAAGAGACCGAGGAAGAAAUCGAGGAAGAAUCCGAGGAAGAGACCGAGACAGAAACCGAGGAAGAGACCACGGAGGAGAGCACGGAGGAGUAUAAUUACGACCCCGAUUACGAGACCGAGGAGACCACGGAAGAGACCACGGAAGAGACCGAGGAGGAGACCGAGGAAGAGACCACGGAGGAGAGCGAGGAGGAGACCGAGGAAGAGACCACGGAGGAGACCGAGGAGGAGAGCGAGGAGGAGAGCGAGGAGGAGAGCGAGGACGAGGACGCAGCACCUCUGAAGCGCACCGCCGCCGACUCCAAGAACGCCCUCCCGGCCAAGAGGCGUCGUCAGGAGUGA